UACAGUUCAGGUUAGGUUUUAAUACGUUUAUAUACCAUUCCAUAGAUAUACUACCUGCAACCGGACCAGCGCAUUUAAAGAGAACUACCCGUCUACCUUGUGCGAAUCUGAUUGGCAGUCAGCACAGGCUCAAGCAAGGGAGCUUUAAACUAUUUCUCGCAGUUAUUCGGAAUUAACACACCGACAGCUACAUGGUGAAAAUGGGUAAAGACUACUAUAAUGUUCUGGGCAUACAGAAAGGGGCGACGGAGGACGAGAUCAAGAAGGCUUAUCGCAAGCAGGCUCUGCGUUACCACCCGGAUAAAAACAAGUCUCCCAAAGCCGAGGACAAGUUUAAAGAAAUAGCUGAAGCUUAUGACGUUCUGAGCGACCCAAAGAAAAAGGACAUUUACGACCGAUUCGGUGAAGAAGGGUUGAAAGGAGGAGGCUCCCCAGGAGGAGGGGGUGUUCCCGGGGGCCCUAGUUUCAGCUACUCCUUCCAAGGCGACCCCCACGCCAUCUUCGCCGAGUUCUUCGGGGGCCGGAGCCCCUUCGACCAGUUCUUCCCCCGAAACGGUGGGGGCCCAGACGGGGACAACAUGGACACUGACGAUCCCUUCGCCCGUUUCGGGAUGGGGGGCGGUGGCAUGGGGGUUCCCCGUUCCUUCAGCACAGGGAUGGGGGGAGGGGGGAUGGGGGGGCAGAUGGUUGAGAAGCACCAGGACCCACCCGUGCUCCACGACCUCAGGGUAACCUUAGAGGAGGUGCUCUCAGGCUGCACUAAGAGAAUGAAGAUAUCCCACAAGCGGCUGAACGCAGACAGACGGACCCUCCGGAUGGAGGACAAGAUCCUGGAGGUGGAGAUAAAGAAGGGAUGGAAGGAGGGGACGAAGGUCACCUUCCCUAAAGAGGGGGACGAGACGCCGACUAACAUCCCGGCAGACGUGGUGUUCGUGGUCAAGGAUAAGCCACACCCGGUGUUCCGGCGAGACGGCUCUGACAUCGUUUACCCCGCCAAGGUCUCCCUCAGAGAGGCGCUGUGCGGCUGCACGGUCAUCGCCCCCACGUUGGACGGCAGGACAGUAACCGUGACGACAGGGGACGUGGUGCGUCCUGGGAUGAAACGCCGCAUCACGGGGGAGGGGCUUCCUCUGCCCAAGCGGCCCGAUCGCCGCGGUGACCUGCUGGUGGAGUACGAGGUUGCGUUUCCGGAGAGACUGAGUCAGAGUGCCAAGGAGACCAUCGCACAGGUGCUUCCAUCCUAGUCCUGAUGGCUAUAAACUAUGAACGUCUUCAGGACAAAACGGACGGAGCAGACGAACAGUGAAAGGCAACAUGUGGCUGUCCUCCCUAUCGACCAAAGAACGUUUAUCAACGCCAUUUUCUGUUCCUUUCCAGACGAUUCUGUGUUGAAUCGCCAUCGUUAAACGACACCCAUCAGGUGACCUACUGCGCACGGCCAACUUUCGUUACGGUGUCUCUUGACCUUUAGUUGAGGAAACUGUCACUCUGGACCUCGUGAGUCCACUUCAGAACCACUAGUGAACUGAGGAAACUGUCACUCUGGACCUCGUGAGUCCACUUCAGAACCACUAGUGAACUGAGGAAACUGUCACUCUGGACCUCUGCUGCCAUGUAUCUAUUCUAGGGGUUUAGGUAUCAUGGGUUGUUUUCAUGUAUCUAUUCUAGGGGUUUAGGUAUCAUGGGUUGUUUUCAUGGUUUUGGAUUCUGAUCAAAUCAAUAGAAAGUAUUGCCACUGAUCACUGAUCAAUACCCAUAGUGUGAUAAUGCCCAUAGUGUGAUAAUGCCCAUAGUGUGAUAAUGCCCGUAGUGUGAUAAUGCCCGUAGUGUGAUAAUGCCCGUAGUGUGAUAAUGCCCGUAGUGUGAUAAUGCCCGUAGUGUGAUAAUGCCCAUAGUGUGAUAAUGCCCAUAGUGUGAUAAUGCCCAUAGCGUGAUAAUGCCCGUAGCGUGAUAAUGCCCGUAGUGUGAUAAUGCCCAUAGUGUGAUAAUGCCCAUAGUGUGAUAAUACCAGUAGUCAUUGGUUUAGAAGAGAAACAACGCUAUUGGAAUGUAUAGAAAUAUAAUCUAUAGAACGGACCUUCCCAUUCAAGUCAAUGCUGAUUCCAUUUCUAUGCUUGAAUGGUCUUUACUUUUCCAGGAUGCCUACAAUAACAGGGUGGAGGGAAGUGUGAGUGAGAGCUGUGUGUUUCGGCUAGUGUGUAUGAGUUAGCUAACUAGGUGAACUUUAUGUACAGAAAUGGUUUGGAACGUAUGACUUGCUGUAGGAUCUGGGCUAUGUAUGGUGUAACUGUUAGAUUGGGUACUAUGUAUGGUGUAACUGUUAGAUUGGGUACUAUGUAUGGUGUAAUUGUUAGAUUGGGUACUAUGUAUGGUGUAACUGUUAGAUUGGGUAU